UUCAGAUCCUGCCCCCUCCCCGGCCUCGGCCCCGCCCCCGUCACCCCAGGGGGGCUGGAGAAGCUUCCCUGGCUUGCGGGCGGCCCUUGCAAGAGGCACAGGCUCGAAGCACCAACCUUACCUCUCAACAUCCUGGUUUGCCCUGCUGGGGAAAGGUGGGAUCCAUUGAACAGACCCUGACAGCCUUCCUGAGCACUGGAGGCUUCCGACGCGCCUUUGCUGUCAGUCAGAGGCUCCACCAGAAGACACGAGUGGCUGUUAAGAUGGUGCCCUUCCUCUUCCCAUUCAGCCGAGCAUCCUGAGGUUCUGGAGUCAUUUCCUGCAGCCCAGUAGCCUGCUGUACCUUCAGCCCUCUGGAGCCCCUGCACCCACAGAAGCCCUGUCUGACUCCUCUCAGAAGCAGCAGGUGGAGGAGGGGCUGAGGACAGCUGCUGUGGGGCCUCCUCCCUGGCUGGCUGGGCUGGCCGUACCAGACACCAGCCACUGCUCAUCCCUCCCCUUGCCAGCCUCUCUGGAGAGCAACUCCAGGCCUUAUCUGUAGGGCUGGGGAGGAAGACGGUUAUCAGGUUGUUGGCAGCUACACUUUCCUGGUCUCUGAAGGCUGCACUGGCUGUCUCCCCUGAUAAAUAGGAGCUCCACCUCAAGCCUACAGCAUGCAGUCCCAGGAGAGUGGUGUUCACUACAGCAGGUGGGACAGCAGCAGCCGGGAUGAAGUCAGCAUGACCGCCAUGUCCAGCUCGGAAGAGGCCUCAUGCUAUAGGAGGAUCUCCCAGAAGCUGUGCUCUGGCAAGCUGGGGAUAGCCAUGAAGGUGCUGGGUGGAGUGGCCCUCUUCUGGAUCAUCUUCAUCCUGGGCUACAUCACUGGCUACUACGUGCACAAGUGCAAAUAAAUGCUGCCCCACUCCCAGCCCUGGGGAUUCCCUCCCAUGUA